AUGCUUCUUCCGAAGGGUGGUAUGACCUGGAAGUCUGCCAGGGCACAGCUUCCCCCAACUCGCGCCAUAUGGCUGUUCUUGACGAGGACCCGGGUCCUUCUAACACUUGCCCUUGCCGGUACAAUCAUAUUAUUAUGGCGUGGCAUUAGUUCCUCUGCUGGUGAGAUGCAAAGCUUCUAUUGUUGGGGUCCAUCUAAACCACCCAUGGAGAUGACCCUGAAUGAGCAGCAGUCAUGGAAUGCUCAUCUUAAUACACCUGUCAUUUUCAACCACCAUGCCCCAGUCACGAUUAACGACACUACAAUACAACAUGUGGACCUCAAUAUUGUGCACUCCACGCGCCAGGCGGUCGAGAAUCAAGAACGCGUUCUUAUUCUGACGCCCCUCAAAGAUGCUUCGCCUUAUCUGUCCAAAUACUUUGACCUGCUUGUCGAGCUGACGUAUCCUCACCAUUUGAUUGAUCUUGGUUUCUUGGUUGGAGAUUCGACCGAUGACACACUCGCUGUGCUAGGCACAGAGCUGGAACGUAUUCAGAAGCAGAAAGGAAGUAUUCCAUUUAACAGUGCUGUCAUCGUUGAGAAGGAUUUUGGUUCUGUUACGGGCCAGAACGUCGAGGACCGACACAGCUUCGAGGCUCAGGGGCCGAGGCGGAAAGCAAUGGGCCGGGCCAGGAACUAUCUCCUCGCUUCUGCGCUGAAACCAGAACACUCAUGGGUGUAUUGGCGAGAUGUUGACAUCGUGGAAAGCCCCGAAAAGAUCCUAGAGGACUUUAUAUCUCUUGAUCGUGACAUCCUUGUCCCGAACAUUUGGUUCCAUCGAUAUGAUGACCAAAAUAGGGACAUUGAGGGAAGAUUCGAUUACAAUUCGUGGAUUGAAUCUCCCAAGGCACUUAAACUUGCGAGCAAGCUUGGUAAAGAUGUUGUUUUAGCUGAAGGCUAUAAACAAUACGAUACUGGCAGAACUUAUAUGGCUAAGAUGGGUGAUCGACAUGCGGACCCAUUCGAAGAGAUCGAGCUUGACGGUAUUGGUGGCGUCAACAUCUUAGUAAAAGCUGACGUUCAUCGAUCAGGCAUCAACUUCCCUUGUUAUGCGUUCGAGAAUCAAGCCGAGACAGAAGGGUUCGCCAAAAUGGCUAAGAGGGCAGGCUACGAGGUCAUUGGUCUCCCCAACUACGUUGUCUGGCACAUCGACACAGAAGAGAAACCUGGCAACGCAUAG